AUGUCGGCCUGGGACCGUCGCACGCGGCUCGCCACGUGCACCGUCAACAACUGGGCUCUCGAUUUCAAGGGAAACUACGAGCGAAUCGUCAAAAGUAUGUAGGAACAAAGUGAAAAGGGAAACUUAUCAGAAUCAAAAAUGAUUUGACCCGAGAAGAGCUAUCGAGAUUUUCAAUAAGUGUAAGAUUUUAUGCCCUGUUCAAUGUGAUUCCGCGAAAUACAAAAUAGAGAAAGAGAAAUAUAACUAAAUUUUGGAGAAUCUGAGACAAUUUUGCAUUUCGCGGAAGUUACUUUGAACACGGCAUUAAAUAUUUGAAAAAGUGUAAAGGGAAGAAAAAGUUAAAAAAUAGUCAAUAAAAACUGAUAAAAGGGCAAAGAUGUGGCGUUAUUGAACCUAAGUCCACUUUUAUUUUUUGAAAAGUUAAAAUUUUAAAGGUAUUUGUUCUGAUAACAAAGACCUUUUGACUUAGCGCUCAGAAUCAAAACUAUAACUAUUUUGACCUGAUAAAGAUAGUGAGGGUUUCAACUUCAAAAUUAGCUCACUUUUGAGAAAAGACGCCUCAAAAAAGAGUGGAAAACGGGUCGGAAAAAAGCUGCAUAAUGGAACUUUUUUUUUUAAUUUAGGGCAAAACUGCCGUCCGACGUUGCCAGUUAAUAACGGCUAUUACGAAUUUUUAUCUGAUUUUUUUUUACUAAUAAUGUUGAUUUUUCUACUUCGAGUUUUUCUAAAACUUGGGCGGUUAGCUCUAGGUUGUAAAGCGGAUGAAAGUUUUUCUUGAAGACUUUUUAAUGUGGCUCAUUUACCACGAAAAAAAGCUGGAAUGAAGAUUACAUUCUCCCUUAUCUUGCCGUUGCAGCUUGCGAAGAAUCCUAUGCAGCGGGAGCGCGACUUCGUGUCGGCCCCGAGCUCGAAAUCUGUGGCUAUGGAUGUGCUGAUCAUUUCUUCGAACUCGACACUGAACGGCAUUCCUGGGAGAUUCUCAGCAAACUUUGCGAGAAGAGCAAGGAGGUGAGAUAUGGAGGGUUAUCAAAGUUCGGUGUAAACGCCAUUUUUUUUUUUGAAAAGCACUACCAAAUUUGGACGAAAUCCCCUCGAAAGAAAAUUAUUAAGAAGUUUCCGCUUUUUAGUUUGUUAAAAUUAUGACAUUUUCCAAUCAAAUCCAAGAUUUAUUACGAUUUUUUUUUGAUAACCGACAAGAAAUUUUCAAUUUUUUCAGCAAAAUGUUGAUCAAAAUACGUGAAAAUAUCUUCAAAACGUUAUAUUUUUUUGUUUUUUUUAAUGGAUCUGUGUGCCUUUCGAAUUUUUUUCUUUCUGUUUUUAAAAACAGUAAAAAAAGGAAAAAAAGUGGUAAAAUCGAAUUUCAUGUUUAUAAAAAAAUUGCCGAAAAAGUGGCGAAUUAAUUUUUUGAAAGUUGUCGGAAAAGCCAGCAUACGAUGAGAAAUAGUGUAAUUUUUAAAAAAACAUGAUUUUUUUCUGUGCAUACCAGGGCACUGCGAGAAUCGAUUGCCGAGAAUGGGAUUUUUACCUUUUUUUGCUGCGAUUUUACGAUCGAAAAAACAUGAAACCGUCUUGAUAUUAUCAAAAAUAUAAACGAAAAUUAAUCGCGAAAAAAAGACGGAAGGAUUCAGUGGCCGAACAUGUUGAUAAUGACUGGAAUGCCUGUACGACAUCGCUGUUUGCUGUACAACUGCAUGGUCGCUCUUCAAAAUGGGUUGGGUAUAUCUUUUUUGAUCUAAGAAGAUCUUUUCAUAGAGUUAGAUUUUAGUAAAAAAAAUAAAAAGCCGGCUUUGCCGUAAAAGUCCUUAGAAAAAGCGCCAAGAGGUCUUCUGGUCUACUGUGGCAUUUCUUGGCUGCCUUCUCAAUCUUCAACUUUUUGAAAAAAAUAAUAAAAAAAUUUUUGGAAGACUCUUGAAAAAAACGACAAAAAAAUUGAGUAGAAAAAAACGUGAUUUUUGCAAAGGAACUCGAAUCAGCAGCCUUUUUUUGAACAAGUUGUUUGAUUUUUAAGUAAUUGAGCAAAAAUAUCAGUUUCGUUAGUUUGAUACAGAACUUCUUGCAAGAAAAAAACACUAUUUUUUUACAAAAAUUUUUAUUUUAAAGGUUUAUCAAUCGGAAAAACUUGGAUUCAUCCCACUUCCAUGCUAUUUUCGAAAAAAUAGUAUUUAUGGCAUUUUUCAGGAAGCUUUUAUUGAUCCGAGCCAAAAUGGCCCUUGCCGACGACGACGUCUACCGCGAAUCUCGUUGGUUUGUCCGCUGGGCCCACCCUUUCAAGACCAUCGAUAUGCCGAUUAAUCAAGGAUUUUAUUUCGAUCAGGUUCUUCGAAGAAGAAGAAAAAAUCGAGUUCGAUCCUAGUUGGUCAAAAAUCGGAAAUGAAUUCAGUCAAUUUUCAAGGAGAGAAUUCUGAAAAAGUUUUUUUUUUUAUGUAUUUCAUCCAAAAUGUUCUUUAUCCUACCUUUCAUGGAACUUUUUCAUGAGAGCAAUUACUGAUAUUUUUUCUUCAAGUUCAUUUUUCGAUUAAUAUCCAUCUCAACUUAGCGCUCAAAACUUUUUUUAGAGUUUCAAAAAAAACCUUUUUCUCAAUUAAGGACACAGUCCCCUUCGGAGACGCAUUCCUUCAAUCCAAAGAUGGAAUUCGCAUCGGAAUGGAGAUUUGCGAAGAGCUCUGGUCGGCAAAAUCGUAAAAACGCUUUCAAGAAAAAUCUUGAUCCACAAUCUUCAGAACGAAUAUCGCCCUUGCCCAACAGGGCGUGGAUAUUAUCUGCAACGGAAGCGGAAGUCAUCACAUUUUGGGAAAAUCCAACAUACGCAUCAAUCAGCUCAUUCUUGGAUCCAAUGGCAAGGUCUCGUCUGGAAAAAUCACGGACUUUUGGAAAUUUUAGGCCUCUUUUUAAAACGAUUCUUAGGAGUUCUUAAAGAAAAUUGGGAUUCCAGGGAAUUUUUGAGGUAGAACUUGUGAAAUCUGAAUUUUUUUUUGUGAAAUCUUGGAGUUUAGAAAGGUUUAUAAUCGCUUUUCUGAAUAGCAAAAUCAUUUAUGAAACAAACCGGAAGCCUCAAAAAUUGUGUAUUUUUGCGAAAAAUAACUCAUUUUUUUCCAGCUUUUUUGUAGGUGUGUUCGAUUUAGUAACUGAAAAAAAAUCUGAUGAGUAAAAUUUAAAUAGAGUGGAGUCAAAAAAACAAUAAUUUAGUAGCGCACGGGCUUGAAAAAUUGACUGCUCAGAGGGUAAUUGUUUUAAAAAUAACUGGAUAAUUUUUUAGAAAAAGUAUUCUGUUUAGAUUUUAAAUGUCAUUCUGAAUGACGUCAUCCAAAAACACUCUGUGGAUGGCUCGCUCUCUGAUUGGUUUAUCGCGGAAUUAGGGGCGGAGCUUGAGCGAUGACUUGACAUUUAAAAUCUGAACAGACUCACCUAGGCAACAAUUUAAUUUUAAUUUUCGGGAUUUUUUUAAUUAAUUUCGUGAAAUUAUGAGUUUUUUCAAUGAAAAAAAAAUGAACUGGAAGUAAAGAUCGGCGGCGUGUACGUCUACGCGAACCACCGCGGCUGCGACGGCGACCGCGUCUACUACGACGGCUGCUCCUCGAUCGCCCACAACGGCAUGCUCCUCGCCCAGGCCAACCAGUUCGACAUCGAAGACACGGUAACUAGCUUCAAAGCUGCCCCCGACCCGAACCGACUUGCAGUGCGUCGUCACCGCCCUCGUCGACGUCAGCGAGAACGUUCCAUUCCGUCAGAAGAAGUGCAGCACCAGCGUCUUUGUCAGUUUUUGGUAUUCUGUCAAGUUCUUCGACCUAUCAAUCGAGCAGUUGCUAGAAAUAGAAAAAUAAAGUUAACAAAGAGUUUGCGAGGAGCGAGAGAUCAGGGAAAACUGAAGAGACGCCAUAGAAACAAGAGGUUUCUCCAUCUCUGCUGUCUCUUCAGGCUGCCCCUUCUCUCUUUUUUGGCGAAGUAGUUGCGAAAUUUUUUCUCAACCUUUCAAUACCGUAUUUAGAAUCGAAAAACGGGAAUUUUGGACCUUUCGGAAGAUUUUUCUAGAGGUCUAGGGUGUAUAGGUUAUUCAAGCGCCUCCUGUUUUUUGUCUUGAUUGCAGGUCUUGAAAGGAAGGGCUGAAUAAUCUAUGUAUACGCUAGUUUUUCCAAUUUCAAUGAAAAAGCAGAACUAAUUUGCGCAAAGUUCAUCUUACAAAAUGACGAAGAGACUUUCCAGGCCUCUGCUGUAGUACCAGUUGAUCCGAUCGAAUUCGACGGAUGGAUGACUGGUGACGUCGCUCCGGCCACCGAGCCCUGUACAGAGCCUAUUGAAGGUAUUAUUGAAAACGGAUAAUCGUAUCGAUCGACGCGAUUUAGAGCAAUAAGGUUUGGGCCUGUUUUAAGUUCAAAGGGUCGCAAUUUCGAUCUUUGGCGCGACUCAACCAAGAGUUUUGAGGAACUUUGGUUGUGGAAAACCAGGGUUUCAUGUCACACACAGGGAUGGAUAUUUCAGUAAAGCUAGUUCCUCUGGAUAGGAGUGUUUUGAGCACGAAAAAAUGGAAUAGUGUCGAUUUCCGACGUGGAGAAGUCUUAAAUCUAAAAUAUUGAAGGUUUAUAUUGGCUGUCUAGUCUUUUAAAAAUAAAGUGUUUAAUCUCGUGACCGUAGCUUUGUUCUGUAUAGUUUCAAAACAUCAGAAAGGACUUCCCUAAUCUUUUUUUUUUCGAAAUCGAGAAGCUCCAACUCUCAAAGACUGAAGAACUCUGCCAAGGUCCUCCAGCCUACCUUUGGACUUACUUGAGACGCAGUGGCAUGGUUUGCUUAGAUCGACCUUAUGAGAAAAGUCGCACUUUUUUCCAGUCCGGAUACUUCAUCCCACUCUCCGGUGGCCAGGACUCUUCUGCCGUCGCCGCCAUGGUCCGACUGAUGUGCAACAAAGUCUGCGCUUCCGUCAAGAAACGAAGGGAAACCGAUGGUGUGAAAAUCUUGUCUUCCAUUGGGAACUUUGCUCUGUUUGAGGGGGAGACGAUCCGGCUUACUAUUUGAACGGGAAGCGAGUUGGAGAAGAUCCAGCCGAGCUUUGCAAGCAGGUCAGCGCCGAUGUUAUCUUGCUUUUUCAAAGAACUUAUUGGGAUAUAUUGAAAAAAUAUUUUGUCACCUCACUUGAACUGUCUUGAUUAAGGUUCUAUACACUUGCUACAUGGCCAGCGAACAUUCUUCGUCCACAACUCGGAAAUGUGCUGAAGGACUCGCCAAGAACAUCAACAGCUGCCAUAGCAGGUUCGAAAUCCGAAAAAAUGUAGCGUCUUCAGAUUCAGGCUCAAAAAAAAGAACAAAAAAUAACGUUUUAAGUGUUUAUAUAUUGGGAUUGUUCAAUUUAAAGUUUGUUAUAGUUAUCUUCUGGAAUUUCCCUCCAGGCUUGUGUGUGCAAAAUUUCGUUCAAGUCAAAUAUCAGACUUUUUUCGCUACAAAAAUCUUCCUUUGAUUAUUUUUUCACUAAAAUUCCAACGGAAACUAUGAUUCAACUGGUUGGGAGGAUUUUUAGGAAAAAAUUUUGAGUUAGGAUGAAACAUUUUUCAUGGAGUUUGGGAACCUUUCCUGAAUUAAUACGUUUCAGCUAAGAAUUAAAUCCUUCAAUCUCGUCAGAAAAAUGUUGCAGUGUCCAAGGAAAUUGGGAUCUUUAUUUGAUAAUUGUUGACUGAUUCAAAAACAAAGAAAAAAGAGGAUAGCUUCUUAUUUUUUCAACAAGUUCAAAAUAUGUUCUUGCUAAAACCAAAGUAACAAAAGCUUCAGGCAAAGUUUUCAGAAAAUGUUUGGAAAGUAAUAAGGUUUUCAAAGUUUUGGUAAACUUCUAAAAUUCGAUGUUCAAGGGACUUCAAACGAUGUUCUAUGGGGAUAAUCGAUCGAUUCAAGACCGAAAAAAACGUUGAAUAUUACCGGGGAAAGUUUGAGUAAUUAUAAAAAACAAUUGAAAUAGUGAAAAAUUGAAAAUAGAAAAAAGUUUGAAGCGCGACCGAGAUUCCGCAAAGGCAAAAAAACGCUUUCACGGCCACAAGGCCACGCAGCGGAGUGUCGUCCCAUGAAAUUUCAAGUGUGGCACACAGAGAUCCGAAUUUUCUCGAACAACGCAAUAUUUUUUCAACGAAAUUAAGUUUUAAUUAUUAGCUGGAACGUAUUCAAUUAGGGAGUUUUUCCCCAUAAUUUCUGAAACAAUGACAUUUCUUUUUGAAAUCAUCACACUUUCACGGGCUUUUUGCAGCAUUCUCAUCGACACGAUAGUUUCGGCGGUUCUCGGCGUCUUCAACACGGCCUACGGCUUCAUUCCCACAUUCACAGUCAGAAUCGUGAUCUUCUGAUGGGCGAUAUCGGAAUGAGUUUAGAAUAGUGACCCGCGAAACGGAAUGGCUCUCCAGAAUGUGCAGGCGCGAAUUCGAAUGGUCCUCGCCUACCUGAUGGCUCAGCUUUCCUUAGUCUCUAGUGGCCGUCCAGGAGCCCUUCUCGUUCUUGGAACCGCCAACGUCGAUGAAAAGUAUCCAUUUUUGGUUUUUUAAACCUUACUCUACUAUUUUUUGCCCUUAAUUUUGUUUAUCAUGAUCUGCGUGUCGAGAUAUACUUUGAAACGCUGUCCAAGCGCCUUUAAAAGUUAAAUAACUUCAUAUUUUCAAAAAAUGUCUCCGUAACACUCAUUUGAAAAAUUUUUGUGCUUCAAACGGUAAUUAGUCGAAAUCUCUUCAUAUUUUCCAAGAAACUAAUCUUUUUUUCUAAUUUGAAAUAGAAAAAGCUCUUGCGGCGGAAAAACGGACUCGUCACUUCUUUUAAGUGGUCACUAGAAAGGUCUGAGGCCACUUGAAUGGACUUAUUUUCUGAUAACUUGAAAAGGCCGACUAUACCGUUUUUCCUUCUCAGACAGAGAGUUUUCAAACCGCAACGCGACCGCGACGCGCUGUGUUUUCCGAGGUGCCACCACAGUGUUUUUUUAAAUUAUUUUGAAUGAAGUAUGAACCAAAUUUUAAGGGGUUUAUGAAUAGAUUGUCGAAGGAUAAUCUGGAACAAAUUUAAACCAAGUUUAAAGGCGCAUGAUUAGAUAGUCAAAAGAUAUCCCGACACGACAGAAACUUCUUUUUCAAGCCAGCUUUGAAUAUACUAAAUUCUCAGCCUCGUCGGCUACUUGACCAAGUACGAUUGCUCCUCUGCCGACCUUAAUCCCAUCGGUUCGGUCAGUAAGACCGACCUUCGGAAGUUUUUGCAACUGGCGCAUGAUGAAUACGGCAUGAGUGCUCUCGAAUCGUGAGAUUGAUAAAAACUUCGAGCCUUAACUAAGAACUUCUAAAGGGUCAUCUCUUCGAUACCGACUGCUGAGCUGAGACCCAUGGAGAAUGGAGAAGUCACCCAGACGGACGAGGUUUUUUCACCACAUAAAAUGGAAACAUUUUGAGCUCCAGAAUGAGAUUGGCCUGACUUAUGACGAACUCUCGACGAUGGGCCAACUCAGAAGACCUUCCGGCUUGGGUCCGUACGCCAUGUUCCUGAGAUUGUUGCAACUUUGGUCCGAUAAGUACACUCCAAGCCAGGUUCUUUUUCACACUGUAUGAAUGGAAAGGAUUUAGGGUGCGUAAAAAAAUAAGAUUUGGAUAGGAAAAAUUUCUUUUUGCCAUUGAAUAAGUCCGCUUGAGAGUGAAAAAAAGCUGGAUUCGACUCAAAAUUGCCAAAUUUUGAAUCAAAAAAAUAUAAAAAAAUCAUCUAUUGUCACUUUUUUUAGCCGAUAUUUCACGCUUCUAUCAAGAUUAGAAGCUUUAAAGACAGUGAACAGAAAAAAAGAAAUAAUGGAAAUCAAAAUGAAUGAUCGAGAAAAGGCAAAAAAAUAAUAAUAAAUUUUUGGAUAAAACAUUUUUUUGGAAAACGAUUUUUCCGUUCAAUGCUCACACCACAUUUUUUUGCGCGACUUUAAAAAUUUUUAUCAUUAGGUUGAUUUUCUUUUUGAAAAAAAGAUCGGAAAUUAGUAAUUCGACGACCUUAAAUGUUCAAAAAUAAAACAAAACUUUCGCUUUUUUUCAGGUAGAGGAAAAAGGUUCAGAAGUUCUUCUACCGCUACCGAGUUAAUCGCCACAAAGCUACUGUUUCAACUCCUGGUUUCCUCAAAUUCCCCUUCUCUCUGUGA